UGCCAUGGAGCAGAACGAGGGAAGAACCCCAGUGGUCUUGCUGGCCUGCGGAUCCUUCAAUCCCAUCACUAACAUGCACCUGCGCAUGUUCGAGCUGGCGAGGGAUUACUUACACGAGACUGGGAAUUACAAAGUUGUCAAAGGCAUCAUUUCUCCGGUCGGCGAUGGUUACAAGAAGAAAGGCCUCAUCGAGGCCCAGCACCGCGUUGCCAUGGCCACCCUGGCUGUGGAGGGCUCUGAUUGGGUGGAGGUUGAUCCCUGGGAGAGCGAGCAGACGGAGUGGGUGGAGACGGCUAAGGUUCUCCGGCAUCACCAUGAAGAGCUGCUGACAGUGGGGCAGCACAAGGACGAGGUGGACAGAGCGAAAGUUGUGAAGAAGAGAAAGCGCAACACGUCGCAGAGAGAUACGUCGAUGCAGCAGAUACGCUGUUCCAGCAGAGAUGUCCCACAGCUGAAGCUCCUGUGUGGGGCGGAUGUGCUCGAGUCCUUCGGCGUUCCCAACCUCUGGAAGCAGGAGGACAUCGCGGAGAUCGUGGGCGAGUUCGGCGUGGUCUGCGUCACGCGGGCCGGCAGCGACGCGGAGAGCUUCGUCUACCAGUCCGACCUCCUGUGGGAGCACCGGCGCCACAUCCACAUCGUCAAGGAGUGGAUAACCAACGAGAUCUCCGCCACCAAGAUCAGGCGGGCGCUGCGCAGGGGGCAGAGCGUGAGGUACCUGGUGCCCCGGCCCGUGGGCGAGUACAUCCAGAGCCACGCUCUGUACAGCCCGCAGAGCGAGGAGAAGAACGCCAGCGUCGUCCUGGCGCCCUUGCAGAGAUACACGAAGGACGUUCCUGCCCCACCUCUUACCUACUGGGAAGCCCAGUCUGUGUUAAAGGUCGCCACAGUGUGUGGUCAGUGGGCACGCUUGCUCCCCACUCUGACCUUGAGCCGAUAUCCUCUUCCCCCAGAUUUCCAAACGCCGGGCGCGUCACGGCUGGCAGCCGCACGACUUGAGCUGCGGGUUGGGACCGGCUCACUUCGUGCUCUGCCCGCCGCCCCUCCGCACCGUCCACCCGCUCGCUCCCGGACCACCAUGCCGGCGGACUACAGCGGCACAUGGGACAUGACCAGCAACAUCAACUUAGACAAGUACAUGGCGGCGCUCGGAAUUGAUUUUGCAACGCGGAAGAUAGCCAGCUUGCUGAAACCACAGAAGGUCAUUGAGCAAAAUGGGGACCACUUCACCAUCAAAACCCUCAGCACGUUCAGGAACUACAGCUCGUCGUUCACUGUGGGGGAAGAGUUUGAGGAGCACACCAAAGGCCUGGACGACAGGAAGUGCAGGUCUCUGGUGACCUGGGACAACGACCGGCUGGUGUGUGUGCAGAAGGGAGAGAAGAAGAACCGUGGGUGGACUCACUGGAUCGAGGGUGACGAGCUCCACUUGGAGCUGUGCUGUGAAGAUCAGAUUUGCAAACAAGUGUACAAAAAGGCUACCUGAUGAUCAUUCAGAAAUAUAGAUUUGCAGGUUGAAAGCAUUUCAGCAUAAUCAUCAUACAGCUUGACUAUAAGCCUUAGACUCCACUGCAGUCUUUUCUGUGUUUUUGUUUCAAGUAUGUUAAAUUCUCACAUUAUUUCGUUUAAAUGUUUUGCUUUUAUUUCCAAUUUUAUUUGAAUUUUAGUCUUUUUGUCAAUGCACCAAGUUACAGCAGCGUUCUGUUUCUGACAAGAGCUGCCAGUAAAGUGUUGGCCAACUGAU